GGAGGACGAGGAGGAGGAGGAGAAGGAGGAGGAGGAGGAUGAUUCAGAAUCUGUAAGUGAAAAGAUGGAAGAUGAAAAGGCCCCAGACAAAGAGGGAGGAUGGAUUAAGAACUUAGUAAAAUCUAAAACACCAUUCUUUAAAGACACCGAAGAUGAGGCAACAGAUGGUGAUGAUAACGAUGAUGGAAACAAACAGAAACAGGAAAAACAAGAAAAAAAGAUGAGUAAAAUGAACAUGCCUGAUACAGAGGAGAAAGAUGAAUCUGGUGAGAAGAAAAAGGAGAAAGAGGAUCAGAAACUUAAAAAAACUAAAGAGCUCUCUGACAAACAAAAGGAAAGCAAAAAGACUGACCAAAAAGAUAAAAAAGAUGAAAGUGGAGAAGGAAAAAAGAAGAAAGAAAAAUCGAAGAAGACUGAGAAAUUAAAAAAGGGUAAGAAAGAAGGGAAAGAGGAGAAAGACAAAAGUGGGGGGAAAAAAGGAAAGAAAACAGCAUUGAAAAAAGCAUUGAAAAAAACAAAGGAGAAAGCAAAGAAGUUGAAACAAAAGAAACGUGGUGAGAAAGAAAAGAAGAAAAGUAAAGACAAGAAAAAAAAAGAGGGGAAGAAAAAAAAAGAGAAAAAGGAAAAGCAAAAAAGAGAGAAAAAGGAAAAGAAAAAAAAGAAAGAGAAAAAGUUAAAGAAAGAGAGGAAGAAAAAGCUACAAAAGAAAAAAGAAAAAAAAAUUAAAGAUAAAUUGCGGAAGAAAAUGGCAAAAAAGAAGAAGAGUAAACAAAAGAAAAGGAAAAUGUUGAAGGUUAAGAAACCUAAGUUUAAGAAACCGAAAAGCAGAGGAUUUAAAAAGGCCAAAAGAUCGAAAAAGUAA